GGAUCUGGCUCGAGCCACUGACGCCUCAACAACGGCAGCCCUCUCGGGCCAGCACGCGGCCAUGGCCCGCGCCUGCACCCUGCUCGUGUGGGCGACCUUGGCGGCCGGCGAGCCCCCCGCGCGCGGCUUGCGGCCGGAGGUCUUCCGCGCCGACGAGCUGAGCACGGCGGCCGCGGCGGACGCCUUCGAUCUGGGCCGCUUCACGAUGCCCUCGCGCGGCGCGGCGUCGUCGCCGUGCAGAUGGGCGCAGGCUUCGGCGCCCUGCGCGCCGAGGUGCUGAGCGCAGCCGCCAGUUGCAUGGACACCGAGCACGGCACGUCCUCCGUGCGCCUGGAGGAGGGCACCACGCGCCGCACCCUGGCCGGCGAGGCCAACGCCCGCGGCGACGGCAGGCCGAGCCCCUUCUUCGGUCCUCGCGGCGAGGCCACUCCCGAGGAAGGAGUGCGCCGAGUUCGAGCGGCUCGGCGCGGAGUUCCGUGCGCUUGCGGGGCAGGUGGCGGCCUCCUUCGGGCGGCGCCUGGCGCAGGUCGUCGGGCUCUCGGGCCAGCGCCCCGCGCUGGAGUUCGCCGCGGGCGACGAGGUGCAGCUCGCGGAGCUGGCCCAGAGGGGCCCCAGGCUCGAGCACUUCCACUCGUACGCCCGCGACCCGGACUUCGCGGCGAUGGUGGGCCCGGAGGCGGAGCUGCGGCUGCUGCGGGCCCAGGCGCUGGAUUUCCACGCCGACCAGGGGCUCUUCGUCGUCUUCUCGCCGGGGAUGAUGCUGCAGGCCGGGGCCGACGCUGCCGCGGGCAGCUUCCAGAUCCGAAGCGCCGACGAGGACGGGCACGUGCGGGACUUCGACCUCGACGUGCGCGGCAUGGACGACGUCCUGGUCGUGCUGCUGGGCGACGCCGUGCGGCAGCUGGGGCUGCCCGAGGCAGAGCGACUCUUCCACGUGCCCUCGCACGCCUUCCGCAUGCCGGGCAGCUGGAGCGAGCCAGCCUCCGCCCUCCAGAGGCGCAUGUGGUACGGCCUCAUGCAGCUGCCCCCCCCCAACCUGCUCGCCCAGGGCGUGCUGGACCCGGCCACGGGCAAGAAGCUGACCUUCGGCGACAUCCGCGCCCGCUGACCUCCCAGGGCGGCUCUGGCGUCGGCUGCUCUGCGCUGGCCCAGUGGUCCGAGGGCCCCGGGCCGGACCGGCCGCUGGCGCCGCGCCUCCUGGAGGGCCAGUGCGGCAACGGCAGCCUCAGCUGCUGGCACCGCUGCAUGGAGAUCUCGCUGGCCGGCGUCACCGAGGAGGACUGCUCGGCGCGCGGGGACGGCUAUUCCAUCCAGUGCGUCGACCAGUUCGACCAGAUCUACGUGUCCGGCCACGGGGACUUCAAUCCGACGUGCAGCAACGCCACCGAGACGGUCACGCCGAGGCCCCCCGUGGUGCAGCCCGCAAGCGGGGAGGCGCUCACCGACCAGGAGUGGCAGAGCCUGACGGAGCCCGGCUCGGGCGCCAACUCCGACUUCAGCCACAAGAUCCAGCUCGACCAGCAGGCUGGCAAUACGGUGCUGCUGUGGAGACUCGUGAACGACACCUCGGAGAGCGGUGCCGCCUUCCUCCUUCACGCGAAGAUGAUCCAUCGUGGCACCGUGGGGUGGAUGGCAUUGGGCCUGGAGAACAUCGGCGGGGACCACAACGGCAUGAACGGCGGCAGCGUCGUCAUGGCGCAGUACGACCCCGAGCAGGCUGAGCCCCUGUCCGUGGGUGAGUACAGGAUUCACCCCACUCUGACCGCGUUCCGCCACUGGAAAACGCCGCUCGAGUCAUCGGAGCCGGAGAACGCGUCGCUCGCAUCAUCAGACUUCUCGAUCGAGAACGGAGCCUCUGUCCUGGAGUUCAGGACCAGCCACGUCUACAAGAGGGCGCUGAAUCUGUCGGAACCGAUUGACGACGAUUCGACUAGCGACGUUCAUGGCUUCCCCUCGCACCCGCACUCGGUAAACCGCCUCAUCUGGGCGCUGACGCAGAACGCGUACUGCACCGCCGACUUCGGAGGGUAUUGUGCGUAUCACUCCAGCCCCGACAACAACUUCCUGCAACGUGAGGAGUUUCGAGGGCGAGUAGCGGUCGACCUCGCACGCGGCACGCUUGCAGAGGCCGUCACCACUUCCGCACCAGAGUUCACGGAUGCGAGUUCGACACAGGCGCACGCCAGGGUUCAGUGGGCUGCCUUGUUGGUAGCGUCGAUCAUGUCCCCGUGGCUCCACUAGUGUGCCAUCGCAGCGCCGAUGGCCUUCGACCAUCUUCAAAUCUAGAGCUGAUAUUUCAUCGUUGCCACAACAUCGUACUGUUGCUGCAACAUUUUUGAAGUUCAAUCUCGGCACAUACCCCUUGUGCCCUUGUGGCAUCUCUUCAUCUCCCCGUUUUCGUUUUUUUCUACACUGAUCUGCUGCUGCUCCUUCUCCUUUCCCCCAGAUUCUCUCUUCGCUUAUCCAGUGGUCCUGGCAGCUGGCUUAUCGAUCUUACGUCGAUUCGUUGCCUAGGUGCUUCGUUGGCGGCCUGGUGCCAUCUCCCUGCCUUUCUUUUAGCGUAGCUGUUGUCUCCGACGUUGCAGCAUGUGACGUCUGCGGUGCUCUCAUGGUUCCCAGAUGCUGCGAACAGGAUAGGGCAUAGGACCGUGCUUUGCCACGAGCCAGGCGGAUUCGGUCCUCAUCCUUCUUUGUGCAAUCUUUGCUGUGGUCAUAAAGGCGACGCCCGCAAUCAGGUUCCCACCAGGCUCGUGGACCGUCCAAAGAGGGUCCUCAGCAUGCGAGCCUUUCGGGUUGAUUGCUCCGCCUCAGACCUUUUGGGUGAAUUGAUACGCCCCGACACUCACACGGUGCGUGUUUACUAGAUGCGGGUCGGUUCAUUUGAAUCUUGGGCUUAGACACGAAGGGGCCUAGCCGACGUCGCAAGCAUCACGCACAAAAAAAAACCGUGCAGGACAUUUUCCUACAUGUCAAACCCAUCUUUAAUUCAAUGAUCGGCUUGUCAGGGUGCCCAUUGUCCAUGGCAUCCACAACUCCUGCGUGCAGUCGGAGGAGGGCCGGCGGCGUGCACGGCAUCGGCGGGCCGACGGCGGCAA